CAUCGACUGUAUGUUUGAACUGUGAUGGUGAAACAAUUCGUGAAAUUCAAAAGUUAAGAGAACUUAAAAUCAAAAAGUAUCGAUAUCGACAGUGUUGUGAACAUCGGGAGUAAUAAGUUUUCGUAGGCUGUGCGUGCUUUCGAAAAGGUAAGGAGAGUGCAAACAGAAUCGAGUAUAGAGGGAAAGUAACAUUAUCUUCGGAAAUAGCGCGGGUUUUACGGCUCUAGGGGUAACUCAGUGGUACAUAGUUGCGCGUUUAAAAGGAUAAUAUGAUCGAUGACCAUCAUGGCGGCAUCCAUGCUAAAGUGGAAGAGAAUCACAAAUACGACCGGGCCCCAGCCAAGACCCAGGCAUGGGCACAGGGCAGUGGCUAUUAAAGACCUUAUGGUUGUUUUCGGCGGUGGAAACGAGGGCAUCGUUGACGAGCUUCACGUCUACAACACAGCAACUAAUCAAUGGUUUGUACCAUCAACAAAAGGUGAUAUUCCACCAGGCUGUGCCGCAUAUGGAUUUGUUGUUGAUGGGACCCGAAUUUUGGUCUUCGGUGGUAUGGUAGAGUAUGGAAAAUACUCAAAUGAGCUGUAUGAACUUCAAGCAAGUAGGUGGGAAUGGAAAAGAUUAAGACCAAAGCCACCAAAAGUUGGUCACCCACCAUGUCCUCGUCUAGGACAUAGUUUUACCCUUAUUCGUAAUAAGGUCUUCCUUUUUGGAGGAUUAGCUAAUGACAGUGAUGACCCUAAGAACAAUAUACCAAGAUAUUUACAUGAUUUGUAUACCCUUGAACUGUGCCCUAAUGGGUCAACAGCUUGGGAAAUACCAGAGACCAAUGGGCAAACACCACCACCUAGAGAAUCCCAUACUGGAGUAGCUUAUACUGAUCGGAACACAGGAAAAUCCUGUUUAGUAAUUUAUGGUGGAAUGAGUGGCUGUCGUUUGGGCGAUUUAUGGUUUCUUGAUGUUGAUACAAUGACUUGGAACAAGCCAGUGGUUCAUGGACUUAGUCCAUUACCGCGUUCUCUUCACACUGCAACUUUAAUUGGUCAUGAAAUGUAUGUUUUUGGAGGAUGGGUACCACUUGUCGACGAUGUUAAAGUUGCAACCCAUGAAAAAGAAUGGAAAUGUACAAAUACAUUGGCUUGUUUAAACUUAGAAACAAUGACGUGGCAGCAUUUUGCCCUUGACACUUUGGAAGAAAAUAUUCCUCGUGCUCGAGCUGGUCACUGUGCAGUUGGAGUGCAUUGCAGGCUCUAUGUAUGGUCUGGUAGAGAUGGAUAUCGCAAGGCUUGGAACAAUCAGGUUUGUUGCAAAGACUUAUGGUAUCUUGAAGUCAGUAAACCGUCUGCUCCAUCCAGAGUGCAGUUAGUGAGGGCUUCUACUCAGACAUUGGAAGUUAGUUGGACAGCAACACCAUCAGCACAAUAUUACAUACUGCAAAUUCAAAAAUAUGAUAUGCCUCCAGCUACAACUGGCACAUUUCCUACAGUCAACACACCGACCAAUACAGUACCUACUCCUGCACCAGCAGUGGUCACACCUGCAACUGUUCCUGUUACAUCUCCACCCAUUACCACUGUUGCUGCUCUUCCAUCAACUACAACAACUGCUAGGCCAACUUUAGCACAGACUCCAGUACGAAUACAAUCAACUGUACAAAGCCCGAUCCAGAAACCUGUUUCAUCACAAGCUGUGACAAAACCAUCGAGUCCAAUGACACCAAGAGUACCUGGAAAUCUUAUCCGAAUUCGUUCGCCAAUAGUUACUACAGCACCGACAACUACAGAACAGACUCCACCUACUAAUACCACAGUGACAGGUCAAACGCCAGCCGCUAUGUCAGGUAUUGCUGCGUUGGCGGCAGCAGCUGCUGCUACACCGAAAAUAAGUAUGAAUAAUGUACCAAUCCUUCCACAAGCUACAGCUAAUACGAUUAGAAUGAAAAACGUUCAACCCGGGCAACAAAUUCGUUUCGCUGCACCCGGAGCAACAGUGCUAAGAACUACGUCUCCGCAGCAGAGCAAGCAAAUUAUUCUCCAGAAGCCAGGCCAAAAUAUAUCUGGUCAGCCACAAAUUGUACAUCUUCUUAAAACUGUGCCGAAAGUCAGUCUCAUUCCUGGCAAGACCGUUCAAGCAACAGGUGCGAAACCUCUUAACCAAGGGGCGACGAUAUUAAGAUUAGUGAAUCCUAAUACCGUAGCAGGAUCGAAAAUUCUUACGACUAUGAAAACGUCUAGUAUUGUUGCGAUGAGCAAAGGACAGAACAUCAACGGCAAACAGAUAAUGCUCACGAAACCUGGGGCUAAUGGAGGGCUAGUGGGUCGUAAUCAAAUAAUUGUUGUAACGACAGGUUCUGGUUUAAGAGCUGUGCAGGCUGUUACUACCUCUCAGGCUGGUGGUGGGCAAGCUGGUAAUAUCACUACACCCGUAAACGUUUUACCGUUGUCAGCUACUAAUCACGUAACCAAUCAGCAAGGCGUGAAAAUGAUUGUUGUUUCAUCCGGAGCAAUGGGAGGUGGAACUGCUGGAAAGCCUAUCACUAUAACAGUACCACUCCAGGGUGGUGUGUCAAAGACAAUGACACUCUCCACAAAAGGUAGCCCGCAAGCCAUUUUCAAUCCUGGAAAGAGUCAGAUUGUUACUGUGCCUCAAAUGCAGAAAACACCAGAAUCAGUUACCGUGUCCGGUAAACCUGUAACGUUACAGAUGUCUGGUGGAAUAGGCGCGAAAACAGUUACUUUAAUGCCUCAAAGUAAUUCAAUAGUAACUACUUCUAGCGCAUCAGAUGUGAUAGAUACAAGCAAGAUGUUGUUUGUUCCAUCACAAAAGCAACCGUCAGCAUCAUUAGCAUCUACGUCUGAUGGUCCCGCUACAACUGAUGCAGCACUAGCUGCAUUAGCUGCAGAGGCUGGUUUGAUAGAUCCCGUUCAAGAACCGUCUGGUGGCUUAUCUUUUAUGGUGGCUACAGAUGAUGGAGGAGCGGGGGAUGGUAAGGUGGAUGAUAGUUGCAAUGGUAACGAAGCUACCACAGCCGCCGCUUUGGUCUCCCAACUGGGAGCUGGUGAACAUAUGCAAGUUGACGACGAUGAUAACUUCGUGAUUCCUCAAGUCGAUGGUGCAGCAGGUGAUCUUUUGUCCGAGGACGAAGGGAACGAUGAAGUUCAUAUAGAAGAAAGUCCCUCACCCAAAAAUCAGGAGCCAGCAGCAACCAUACAGUCUACAGACGUGAAGGGUGACAAUAAUGCUGCAGAUACGGAAGAUGUGCACGUAGAAGAGAACGACGCGAAAAAUGCAGAAGCUGCAGAGGCAACACCUGAAUUACCUGUUUCAGAAAACACUGAAACAGAACUUCCAGCAAAGUCAGAGCCUUCGAUUGACUCACAACCGGAUGAAAGUGGAGUAUCUGCAGAAGCUACUAAUGAUCCAGAACCAGCAAGCGAAAAUGACGCUGAAAUUGUAAAUAAUUCACCAUCCGAGGUGGAACAAAUUAAAGCUGAAAUUGCUAGUAUGCAAGUACCCACGGAAACUCCUCCGGAAGAGACAUCCAUGCCAGACACUAUGGAGCAAUCAGAAAACGAUGAAGUCGAACAAAUUGAAAAUAACGAUGCGAAAAAUGUACCUGUUGAUACACACGAUUCUGAUCAUGAAAAAUCACCAGCUCCUGAACAUUUGUCACCCGAAGAUAGUAUAUCUCAACUUUCUCAGGAGAAUAGUCAAGAUGAAACGAAAGUAAAAGAUGAUGUUGAUGAUGAUGAUGAUGAUGCAGAACCAUCGACGAAUCUCCCUGAGGAAAAUUCUUCAAUAGAGAAAUUAGAAGAUAGUGAUGAUGUACCCAUGGACACAAAUUCUCCUGUGGCUUCCGCCGAUGUAAAUAUGCCAUUAGCAACACCCAUUACAACACCCAUUACAACCCCAGAUAUCCAAAUAAAGUUAGAACAAUCCGAUGCGCCGACGGAAAAGGUGAAAAUACCAGAACCAGCAAUAGCAUCUACGAAUACUAGUGUUCCACCUCCUGAAAAGGCAAUCGCUGUUCAGAAAGUAGUGGCCCCGGCCAAAAUGGACACGAACGAAGAAUCUGUUAAAAAAGAUAUUUCGAAGCACAAUAAAAUAAAUGACUGUAGAUCAGAAAAUGGAGAUGAUGCUACAGCGUUGACUACAUUGGCUACAGCUGCCUUAGGUUCAGCGGAACAACCAGUGAAAAUAAAAGCUGAGUUGACUGAAGAAGAAAAGAAGGAGGCAGAAUGGUAUAAUGUCGGUAUAGUCAAAGGGACAAGUUUUACUGUACAACAUUAUUAUUUAUCUGGCGAUGAUCCGUUAAACCUUGAUGUUUCUGCGGAACAGUUAAGUAUGGAUAUGUUCAAAGGAAAGACUAGGGUUGUCUUAGAACCUGGAACUGCGUAUAAGUUCAGAGUCGCUGCUGCGAAUAAUUGUGGACGAGGUCCUUGGAGCGAGGUAUCUGCAUUCAAAACGUGUCUUCCGGGAUACCCCGGUGCACCUAGCGCUAUUAAAAUUUCCAAAUCUACGGAGGGUGCUCAAAUUUCGUGGGAACCGCCAUCCAGCAACGUUGGACCUAUUUUAGAAUAUUCUGUCUAUUUAGCAGUGCGGAGUGCUAGUACUGCGUUGAAUAACGACGGAGAACCAAGAACAAUUCUGUCGACUCCGAAUCAGUUAGCCUUUAUUAGAGUCUAUUGCGGUUCGAAUAAUUCUUGUUCGGUGACAAAUAGUUCUCUUAGUGCCGCUCACGUCGAUACCACUACAAAACCGGCCAUAAUAUUUAGAAUAGCAGCACGAAAUGAUAAAGGAUACGGACCAGCGACGCAAGUUAGGUGGUUGCAGGAUCCAACCACUGCUGUGAAGAGUAAUCCUCAGGUGAAGAGACCUGGUACAGACAUACGCUCACAGACAAUCUCCCCUCAGAAGAAGAUAAAACAAGAACCACCAAGUGAUAACUUUUCGUAAGCCUGUUUUCUCUUGGCCUCUUACAGCCCAUAUAUAUAUCCAAACAGCGUUACUCAUUAUUUAAUUUCCGCUGGUACACACGCCUAACAAGGAUGAUGAAAACAGUGUAUUGUUUGAGUAAGCGAUGUGAUAUAUCCGAGUAAAUGAAAGAACUUAAUGCACGAUAAAGAGCGAUGAAAGAGGUGUCCAUAGCUAGAUAGGGGUAUAAACAUACGGUUAAAAAAAAGAAGUAUUUUCAGUGUUCUAAAAGAAUACAAGGUCUUUCUGUACCGCGUUUUCUGACUCACCGUUAUUCUCCUAUUCCUUCGCGGAUACGCGACAUUUUUCUGUAAA